UCAGCAGGCGUGUGGCGUUGUUGUCCUGCAGGAGGUCAUGGCGGUCUCUCGGGUGCGUCCUGGUCUGUACCUCUGCGGUCUGGACUCGGCCCUGAACCUCAGCGUCCUCUCCAGCAGGAACAUCACGCUCAUCAUCAACGCCAGCGGGCUGGAGGACGUGUCCUACCCUCAGCUGGACGGCCUGCGUGUCCUCCAUGUCCCCAUCCAGGACCGACCGCAUGCCCCCCUGAGACUCCACUUUGACCCCGUGGCUGAACGCAUCAACCUGAACCGGACCAGCGGGACUCUGGUCCACUGCACCGCCGGCCGCAGCCGGUCUCCCGCUCUGAUCAUGGCCUACCUGAUGAGGUUCGAGGAUCUCAGCCUCCGUCAGGCUCAUGAAGUUGUUCUGGAUCAGCGUCCAUUCAUCCGACCAAACGCCGGUUUCUGGAGACAGCUGAUGGACUACGAGAGGACGCUGUUCGGCAGGAACUCCGUCAGGAUGGCGAGGACAUCCGAGGGUGUCCUGCCUGAAGCUCUGCGGGACUCUGAGGACACAGACCCUGAGUUGGCGUACUGUAUCAAUGUUUGACAAAUUUAGUGAAGAACUGAGACAGAGUCCAGAUUCUAAACAAAAUCAGUCUUUAUUUUCAUCAUCAGACCAACAUUUUACUGUGUCUCAUCACUGUUCAACUUCCUGUCUGCAUCUCAUCACUGUCCAACUUCCUGUCUGUGUCUCAUCACUGUCCUACUUCCUGUCUGUGUCUCAUCACUGUUCAACUUCCUGUCUGCAUCUCAUCACUGUCCAAUUUCCUGUCUGUGUCUCAUCACUGUCCAACUUCCUGUCUGUGUCUCAGCUGGUUCCUACCAGCGACACUAAUCUGUAAAAACACAAAUAUACCUUUAAAAAAACA